GGCCUAAGGGAUGUAGCAGGUUGUCAACCUCUACUUCACUCCAACUGGAUCUCCCACCUGCCCUCAGGCUGCCACUUCACAGAGGAGCCCUGGCAGGAAUCUCCUUGCGCUCCAGCCACCAGGUUUUCUGAAAUAUGUUCUUUGCUUAAAAAGAAGCCAAAACAUGUCCAAAAAUACUACCUUGGGAACGUCAUAAUCACAGCAGUGUGAAGACCUCGGCUCGGACACACAGCCGGAGCCCACGCCGCGGGCGAGGCGGGUAAGGAGCACGGGGAUGCCGCCCUUCACUGCGGACUCUUAGCAUGUGUGCAGUUUUCGUCUGCCUUGUUGCAAAAGCGGAACUGAAGACAACUGAAUGUAGUAUUCAGAUUGACCCAGGUGCGCCAUGUCUCUGGCCGGUACCGCAGGAGGCCGUGGCGAUGAGCGUUUCCCCAGCGCGGCCUUGGGAAGCAGCGGGCCGUCGGCAGAGCCCGGGAGCUGCGGGGGCCCAGGCCCGGGCCCCGAUGUGGCCCAGCUCCGCAGGAGCAGCCCCUCGGCGGGGAGCGUCGCCUACUGCAGGUCCCAGUGCUCCUGCACGAGCUUGAUUUCUUACUACGAUUACUCGGAAGGCUUUCUCUCUGAGUGUUCAGCAGCAGCCCGCGAGGGAAAUGGUUUGGAGAAGUCUGUGGUGAAGGACAGGAAGGAGAAGAGGAACUACGCUUCUAAGCGCUCCCAGCCCAAAGGCCAGAAGGAAAUCUCAGCUGAAAAAAAGCACAAGUGGAACACAUCAUUUUUAAAUCCUAAAAUCAAUAUGAUUACCCAGAGGAGAGAUGCCCUGACUCAGCGCGUACUCUCAGCAAGGUUUCAUAAGAUUAAAGAACUAAAAAAUGAGCUAACUGAUAUACAUCGUAAAUUGGAGGCCACGGUCAUGGAAAACCAGUUUUUGAAACAACUUCAGAUUAGGCACUUGAAAGCUAUAGGAAGAUAUGAGAUUUCUCAAAAUAAUGUUCCUCAGAUUGUGGCUAAGCAUCAGAAUGAAGUUAAAAAUUUAAGGCAGCUACUUAGGAAAUCCAAAGAAAAGGAAAGAACUGUAUCUAGGAAACUUAGAGAAACCGACAGUGAAUUGCUGAAGACCAAAGAUGCCUUGCAGGCUCUGCAGACACUUUCUGAAGACAGAAGUCUCGCAGAGAGGGAGGAACUUACCCAGAGACUGGCUACUCUGACGACAAAAAUGGAGGCAAAUGACAAACAAAUACAGAACCUGGAGAAGCAACUCAGGUUGAACAAUAAAGCCUUCAACCGGCAGUUGGCCGUCGAGAACCAGAAGACUUUGGCUGCCCAAACAGCUAGGAAGACUCUGCAAACAGAAGUCAGACACCUUCAACAAAAACUUAAGGAGAAGGACCGGGAGCUCGACAUUAAAAACAUCUAUAGUAACCGGCUACUAAAAACUCUACAUGACAAAGAAGAGGAUCCACAAGUUUCUUCAACAAAAGCAGUACAAACAGACAGGAAAAGUGUUUCAUUAACAAGCAUCAGACACCAGGGAACACAAAAACCGGAAGCGACUAAGGAUAAAAACACAACAGGAAACACUGGUCAUAAAGAAAAAUCACCUGAAGUAGUCCCUGUAACUCCCCACUAUGUCAGUAAACUCCCAAGCCAAGAGGAUUCCAAGAGAAAAUAUGAAGAUUUAUCAAAGGAAGAGGAACAUUUGAAAGUACGAGCAACUCUGGAGAACACUGGACGACAGAGAGACAAAAAGGCAGAUCAAGAGAAGAAACCCACUGUAGAAAAAGAGCAGGAACUGCCGCCAAAAAGAAUUCAAGUCACUCGCCCUGAACAGGAAGGUCAGCGGGAAGAUGGCGCAGCAAAAGAAAAGCUUAAAAAAAGUGUACAAAUAAAUGACACGAACGAGGUCCUGAAUAAAACUGCCGCUCUAAAUACCAAAACACCCCUCAGACAAAGAAAGCAUUACUCGUUCACAGAAGCGACUAAAAAUCUGCAUAAUGGGCUUCCCGCUUCGGGCGGGCCAGCCAACCCUGGGCCCUGGAGAUGCAACCACAGCACAGGCAAACGGCCGGACCUGAAGCCCCGGCACCCUGUGGGCGGCUAUGAGCCCUCUUUUGGUAAGUCUUCCAAAACGAGAGCAAAAGAUGCAACUUUCAGAGAUAAGAAAAGCAGUCUGAUGGAGGAACUCUUUGGAUCGGGCUGUGUCUUUAAAAAUGACCAAGCAAGUACUGCUACUGAAGGGUCUGAGGAGACUUGGAAAAGUAAGAUGCAUCAGCCACCCCCUGGCCAGGCCUCCGCCAGCAAUGCUUUUGGAGAUUCUAAAGCAACUGUGGUGAAUUCUGUUCAGUCACCUUCACCUACAGAAGAAAAACCAAACAUAAUUAUUUAAAUAAAAUUGAUAUUCUAAUACAUUCCGGUCUGAUGUUCUGGUAAGAAAAAUCAUGAGACGCCAGGAGCCUGGUCAGGUCAGGGAGAGAACACUAGUUUGACUAGCAUUUCACCCACUUAUGCCGGCAACUGAAGUGUUAUAUUAACUCUAAACGAAAAUGAUUUGUAUAUAAAAAGAUUUCCCUGCUUGAUUUACCAUAAGUAUACAGCAAAUACAAUUGGCAUGAAGAGAGCUUUAGAUAUUUUAAAUCAAACAGGUGUGUCUUUUCAUCUAAAGCUAGAAACAAUACCCAGCAUUUUUUAAUAGAAACACAAACCUAUAGCUAUCCAUAAAUACACAAAUGUUAAUGCCAGUAAUCCCCGUUCUGUGGAAUCAGGAGAUUUUGUUUCCUCUCUCCUUUUCUGUACUUUCCAAGUGGGAUUUUUUUUAAAAGCAGCGAACAGUUCUUUUUUAGGUACUACUUUAAUAAUUUUAAAAUUUUAUUUUAAAAGCACACAUCAAUAUUCAUAAAUGUAUGGAAUCAUUGGAAGAAUCAUAAGAAACUGGUAAUAGUGGAAAACCAGAAAAUUAGGUGACGCAAUUAGGUGAAAAAAAGGGUUAUUUUUUGUAUAUAUUUUUUUAUUUAUUGUUGAAAGUAUUACAAAUGUCCCCUUUUCCCCAUUGACCCCUUCCACCUCCCGUCCCCACGAUACACUUCUCAAUGUAUCUGUUCCUGUGUCUUUUAAAUUCAGUACCACAUUUGUUUAUCGUUAACCCUCACCCGAGGAUAUUUUUCCAUUGAUUUUUAGAGAGAGUGGAAGGGAAGUGA